AUGGUUCUUGACACCGGAAGUGAGCUUUCAUGGCUUCACUGCAAGAAAUCACCCAACUUAGGAUCCGUAUUCGACCCGGUUUCAUCCUCUUCUUACUCGCCCAUCCCAUGCUCCUCACCCAUAUGUAGGACCCGGACCCGGGAUUUAACCAUCCCCGCUUCAUGCGACCCGAAAACCCAUCUUUGCCACGUGGCAAUCUCCUACGCCGAUGCUACUUCAAUCGAAGGCAACUUAGCUCAAGAGACGUUUGUAAUCGGAUCUUGGACCCGACCCGGUACGAUAUUCGGGUGCAUGGACUCUGGUUUAAGCUCUGAUUCGGAGGAGGACGCUAAAUCGACCGGUUUAAUGGGAAUGAACCGGGGAUCUUUAUCGUUCGUUAACCAGCUUGGUUUCAGCAAAUUCUCGUAUUGCAUCUCCGGUUCAGAUUCCUCCGGUAUAUUGCUUCUCGGUGACUCGAGUUUCUCAUGGCUCGGUCCAAUCCAAUACACGCCUUUGGUACUUCAAACGACCCCGUUACCCUAUUUCGACCGGGUCGCUUACACGGUCCAGUUAGAAGGAAUCCGGGUCGGGUCAAAAUUACUGUCCUUACCCAAAUCCGUGUUCGUACCGGACCAUACCGGGGCAGGUCAGACAAUGGUCGAUUCCGGUACACAAUUUACGUUCCUGAUGGGACCGGUUUACACCGCCUUGAGAACCGAGUUUAUUACGCAAACCAAAUCGGUACUCAAAAUUGUAGACGAUCCAAAUUUUGUGUUCCAAGGGACCAUGGACCUAUGUUAUCGGGUCGGGGCUUUGACCCGGCCGGAUUUCUCGCGUUUGCCGGUUAUUAGUUUAAUGUUCCGUGGCGCCGAGAUGAGUGUAUCGGGUCAGAAAUUGUUGUACCGGGUAAACGGAUCCGGAUUAGGAGGUAAAGAUCAGGUGUAUUGCUUCACAUUUGGGAACUCCGAUCUUUUGGGAAUAGAAGCAUUUGUGAUUGGACAUCAUCACCAGCAAAACGUGUGGAUGGAGUUUGAUUUGGCUAAAUCAAGGGUUGGAUUUGGUGCUGAUGUUAGAUGUGAUCAAGCUAGUCAACGGCUCAGAUCACAAGAUUGA